AUGCCUGGACAGACCUUCACGACCACUGAGCAGCCCACGCCGGGUUCGAGCGAGACACUUGAGACAACACCAGUCCUGGUAGUUGGUGCUGAACCAACAGGUCUAUUACUCGCCUACCUGUUGUCAAAGCUUGGCAUCGAGUCCAUUGUGAUAGAGAAAUAUCCGGAAAGAUUGGGUGCCCCCAAAGAUCAUGCUCUCUCGCCUCGAAGUCUGGAAAUAUGUCGCCAGUUCGGUCUCGAUACCAUAGCCAUUCGCAAGCUUGGAACCCCACGCACUGAUGCGUACUGGGUCAACUUUGUCACAAACUUGAGUGGGGAUCAGGUUGGUAGACUGCCAUAUGAGAGGAUGGGCCCCGCGACUCUCAAGGCUAACCCAGAGAUGAUACACAACAUUCCGCAGCCAGUGUUCGAGCAGUACCUGACGGAUCAGCUUUCCGGCGAUCCUAGAGUGGAACUAAGGACAGGUAUUGCAUUCAUUACCUGCACGCAAGAUUCUGGAGGUGUCGUGAUCGUGUGGGUAUGCUCCACUUACUCUAUCCUGAGCUACAGACCCUGGCUUCUUAGCCGUAAGGUUGCAAAACAAUACAACAUUGCAAAUGUUCUCCUUGCAGGCGACGCUGCUCACUCUUUCCCACCAACAGCAGGUCUCGGGCUCAACUCUGGUAUUGCGGACGUUCAUAACAUUGCGUACACGAUCGCUGCGGUACAGUAG